AUGAGUUGGAUAUUCCUCAGAGACCUCCUAAGUGGAGUAAAUACAUACUCAACUGGGAUUGGGAAGAUUUGGCUGACUGUUGUGUUCGUCUUCCGUUUGCUGGUCUACAUGGUGGCAGCAGAGCAUGUGUGGAAAGAUGAGCAGAAAGAGUUUGAGUGCAACGUUAGACAGCCGGGUUGUGAAAACGUGUGUUUUGACUACUUCUUCCCCAUCUCCCAGGUCAGACUUUGGGCCUUACAACUGAUCAUGGUCUCCACGCCUUCACUUCUGGUGGUUCUACAUGUAGCCUAUCGUGAGGGUAGAGAGAAAAGGCACAGAAAGAAACUGUAUGUUAGCCUAGGUACGAUGGAUGGGGGCCUGUGGUACACUUACCUUAUCAGUCUCAUUGUUAAAAUUGGUUUUGAAAUUGGCUUCUUGGUUUUAUUUUACAAGCUGUAUGAUGGCUUUAGUGUUCCUUACCUUAUGAAGUGUGAUCUGAAGCCUUGUCCCAACACUGUGGACUGCUUCAUGUCCAAACCCACCGAGAAAACCAUCUUCAUCCUCUUCAUGGUGGUUACCUCAUGCCUGUGUAUUGUGUUGAAUUUCACUGAACUGAGCUUUUUGGUUCUCAAGUGCCUUCUUAAGUGCUGUCUCCAAAAAUACUCUAAAAGACCCAAGUCCUCAGUGUGUGAGUGCCCCAACCUUAGAUAUGUUGAAUGUGAUGAGUUAGGGGCCCCUCCGCUACUCCAGAAUCACCCUUCAGCCUCUGCCAUAAGCACAACCCGGGGAAGUGAAACAAAGCUACUUUGCAACACACUGGAAGGUUAA